UGCCACGUGUUAAUGAAAUGCCCCAGUGUGGGCUGUGGGGGAAACUAGCUUCCCAUAAAGAUGGCGGCCUUACAGAAUCCUGCCCUUCCUGUAAGUUCUGGGAGGUCCCUGGCGUGGCUGUAAGGCCCAGGUGACCCCUCGCUUCAUAUUCUGGUGGUGGUCGUGGGGAAGGGUACAAACUAAGGCUAGCGCAUUCAGGUCAGCAGUGGAAGGAGUCUUUGGGGGUAACCAGGAGUUUAGAACCCAGAGCAAAGACUGAAGGGAUUUUCUUCCCAGAACAAAGGGGACCCAACAGAGUACCACUACUAUGAGCCUUGGUAGCCUUUCAGCAUGACUCUCAGGCUAAGGUAUCCCUCAAUUUAUCCUUAGUGGUCACAGGGUGAUGAGGACAUAGAUUUGAUAGGGUAGUCAGUGGCAGGUCAUUAGAGGGAGGUGACUCAGGCCCUUAUGGAAGUCAAAGUGAGGACUGAUGGGGCUAGGCACUGCCUCUGUGGUCAGCCUUGGGAAGCCCUGGGCAGAUUUGUCAUUCUGAACGCACCCCACCCCCUCCCUCCAACUGCAUACUCUGGGAUAUCAGGUGGAAGAGGGCCUUUCUCUGAUUGGUAUAGGCCUCAAGUCCUCAGAGGGGAAGGUAUGAGGCUGUCAAGGUGAGGAGUCAUUAGGAGGAGCCUGAAUUUCCAGAAGUAAAAGAGGAUUCAUAGAGCCCUAAGAGUGCUGUCAUUCCUGAUAGGGGUCCCUGGGGAAGACACAUCUGAGGCCUCCCUAAUAUCUUUAUCAGGAAUGUCAGGGAUGUGAAGGCCUUGCUUGGAGGGGAUAGGUUUCAGGUAAGCAAAAGGAGGGCAAUCAGACCCUCCAAGAAGCAAAAGUAAAGACUGAGGACUGAAAACUAAUUACCUCAAGAUAAAGAGGGUCUCACCGAUCUCUGCAUUGCUGCCAUUCCACAAUGUCCCCCUGCAAAUGUGGUCACAUGAGAUUCCCCCUCAAUUUCUUGUCUGGGGAGUCAAGGAUAUGAGCGCUUUGGAAUGAGGGAGUCAGCAUCAAAACAGUUAAGCAGUGAGAUACCAGGUCCUGCCAGAAGUCAAGGUGAUGGCCCUGAAUGUGAAUUGAAAGAAACAUCGUCUACCCCAGAAAAAAAGGAAGCUCCGUAGAGUCUGGACCUGCCAGUCACUGUAUCAGUCCCAGUAAGAUGCAGGUAAGACUGGCAGGCUUCAGCAAAGGUACAGUCUAGUUACUUCCACUGAUUCCUCAGGGGAAAGGCCCUUCUGAGAAGAGUAGCCUCAUAGGAUCCUUGAACAGUGUUCUCAAAGAAACCUACAGAAGCAACUUCCAUAAAGUCAAGGUGAUAUCUUCCUGCUGGAGGAUCACACCUUCUUUCCUUGAGGUCACUUCAUCACCUGCCAUCUGUCUCACACUACUACUUACCUCUGAGCAGAGUCAUAAUGCCUCGGGGUCAGAAAAGUAAGCCCCGUGCCCGUGAGAAACGCCGCCAGGCUCGAGAAGAGCCCAAGGAUGUGGAAGGUGCUCAAGUCACUGUAGCAGAGGAAGGAGAGUCCCUCACUUCAUCUCCUCAUUUCAAAGAUAGUCCUGAGAGGUCAUCUGCUGUUGAAACACCCAGCAAUGAGCAAGAGCCUGGGAUAGCUCUAGCCAUCACCACUGCUGCAGCUGUUUCAUGCACAGCAUCUAAUGAAGGCAUCGACAGCCAAGUUGAGGAAAGGUCAGAUGCCUCACAGGCCCAGGCUACCACUGGGCAGUGGCCCAGAGGCCCUGUAGAUAAGAAGAUUGCUAUGUUGGUGCAUUACCUGCUGUACAAAUAUCAAAUGCAAGAGCCCGUUACAAAGGCAGAUAUGCUGAAAAAUGUAAUCCAGACGUAAAAGAGCCUCUUCCCUGAGAUCCUGAGAAGAGCUUCUGAUCACCUGGAGUUGGUCUUUGGCCUUGACGUGAAAGAAGUGGAUCCCAACAAGAGCAUCUAUGUCCUUGUUAACAAACUAGAAUUAGGCCAUGACACAAGAGUGAAUCCUAACAGAAGUUUGCCCAAGAAUGGCCUGCUGAUGACCAUCCUGAGUGCGAUCUUCAGCCAGGGAAAUUGUGCCCCUGAGGAGGAAGUCUGGAAGGUGCUAAAUAUGAUGGGGGUAUACGAGGGACAGGAGCGCGUCAUCUAUGGAGAGCCCAGGAACCUCCUCACCAAAGAUUUAGUGCAAGAGCAGUACCUGGAGUAUUGGGAAGUGCCCAACAGCAGUCCUCCAAGCUAUGAAUUCCUGUGGCGUCCACGAGCCUAUGCUGAAACCAGCAAGAUGAAAGUCCUAGAGUUUUUGGCCAAGAUCCAUGAUACAGUCCCCAGUGCCUUCCCAUCCCAUUAUGAAGAGGCUUUGAAAGAUGUGGAAGAGAGAUCCCAAGCCAGAAUUGCAGCCAGGGCCCGUACUGCCACCAUGGCCAGUGCACGUUCCAAGGCCACGUCCAGCAGCCUUGCCUGCUCCAAGUGAAGGCUGAGGAAAAUGCUUUACUGUGUUUUUGAAGAGGACAGUCAGUGUUUCACUAGUGGAGGGUUGGCUGUGUCUCAUUAUAACACAGUACAUAACAUGUUCUGGGUAACUUGGAUAUUUAAACGUUGUUCCUUUUAAUAGAAGGUUAGAGUAGCUUAAGAAUCCAAGAUUAUAAGUGAUAGUAAGUCAUACAUUUAUUGAUGUUUGUGAGGUUUUAGAAUAGAGUUUUACUAUUUUAUAGAAAAAAAUGGGAAAAUUUCCAUCUUAUUUAGUGAUCUCCAACGAGAUAACAUAGUAGUGGAUUAGUCAUUUCCUUGGAAAUAUUUUUUUAAAAAAGCAGUAAAAUAGUUGGGAUGAAGAAAUAGAGGUAAAAUGUAAAAGAUGAUAAACGCUUUCAUUCCCUUAUGUUUAGUCUGUUCUGUAAAAUUAAGAGAUAGAUACUUAGAUAUGAUUAGUUUAUUCAACAGUGUAGGAGAAGGAACAUCAUAAUAAAACUGACU